AUGAAAUAAUAUCAAUCAUAAGCAUUAAUGUAAAAAUGGACAUCAAAUAAGAGGUAAUAUUUUAUUAUAACUAAGGAAUGAUUGGAAUCUAGAUUGGUUGUAUUUGAAAAUAAUGGGAUAUAUGGAUCUGUAACUGAUGAUGGAGAUUAUUUAGUGA